UAUUACAUGGUGCAACUGAUUUGUUGCCAGAGGUUUCUUCUUCACUGUUCAUUAUAUUAUGCUUGCUGUUGCCGCCACCUGCUGGAGAUUCUCUGUCCUGUACCCCAAAGAGGCUUACACUCAUUCCAAUACCUUCUAAGACCACACCACACGAUGCUGAUUAGGACUGACCGGUCCUCAUGGAUCCCUCUCAGUGCUCGUCCUCGGCUCUGGAGCAUUUACCUUUCAACAACACCGCGCUGAAAAAGUUGCCGGUGGAUGACUCAGGUGAGCCCGGGUCCCGAACUGUCCCGGCGGCAUGUUUCUCUCGAAUUCGGACUCUUCAGCCCCUUCCACGUCCGACCUUCGUGUCCCAGUCCCAGUCAGCUCUGGCUCUGCUCGACCUGACCGUGGAGGAUGUGUUGAGUAAUCCUCUGGGCCCGGAGUAUUUGAGCGGCUCCAGGCUGCUGCCGGGCUCCGAACCGGCCGCGCACUGUUACAGCGGGCAUCAGUUCGGGCUGUUCGCGGGACAGCUGGGAGACGGAGCGGUGGUGUAUCUUGGGGAGGUGGAGUCGGGCACUCACGGGCGAUGGGAGAUUCAAGUGAAAGGUGCAGGAGUCACACCUUACUCCAGGAAUGGUGAUGGCAGGAAGGUGCUUCGCUCCAGCAUCAGAGAAUUCCUGUGCAGCGAGGCAAUGGCCGCCCUGGGGAUACCCACCACCCGGGCAGCCUCCCUCGUGACCUCUGACCUGUACGUCAACAGAGAUCCACUCAACAGUGGCAGGCGCAUUCCCGAGCGCUGUUCAGUUGUCCUGCGUCUUGCCCCUUCCUUCAUCAGAAUCGGCUCUUUUGAGAUCUUUCUGGGCCGUGAUGAUUUCUCAGGACUGCAGGGUCCAAGUGCAGGCCGCCAUGACAUUCGCGCUCAGCUGCUGGAUUAUGUCAUUGAGACUUUUUAUCCUUGCAUCCAGAAGACUCAUAGCAACCGGAAAGACAGGAACAUGGCUUUUUUCAGAGAGGUGAUGUCGCGAACUGCUAAACUAGUGGCCCAGUGGCAGUGUGUUGGUUUUUGCCAUGGCGUCCUUAACACAGACAACAUGAGCAUUCUGGGUCUUACUCUGGAUUAUGGCCCCUUUGGUUUCAUGGACAGAUUUGAUCCGGAUUUCGUUUGCAACACCUCGGACAAAAGAGGACGCUACUCAUACCGAGCCCAGCCAUCCAUGUGCCGCUGGAACCUGGCUCGUCUGGCAGAGGCAUUGGGUUCUGAGCUGGAUGCUACUCAGGCAGGGGUUGUUCUGGAUGCAUUUGUACCCACAUACGAAGCCUUUUAUCUGGCCAUCAUGAGAAAAAAGCUGGGCCUUGUGAGAAGAGAAGAUGCAGAGGACAGCGAGCUCAUAUCAGACCUGCUGCGCCUCAUGCAUGACACUGGUGCAGAUUUCACCAACACCUUCCGCCUGCUGAGCCGUGUCCCCUGGCCCGUGGAUGGCGACAGUGAGAGAGCUACAGUGGGCCCAGUAGUGGACCUCAUCCUAGAACAGUGUGCCACUAUUGAGGAGCUAAAGGUGGCUAAUAAGCCAACUAUGGAGGACCGUGAGCUGGCAAUGAUUCUGUCCAUGGCACAAACCAACCCAGUCAUGUUUGGAAUAGUGGCAGACACGCCAGAUGUGUCCCAGCAACUGGAACGAAUGGGACGGCUAAAGGAACUGCUCGAGACAGAUCAAGAAGAGCUCAAGAAAAAGCAGCAAGAUGACUGGAUUCGAUGGGUCAGCCGAUACAGGAGGCGUUUAGCCAGAGAGUGUGAUGGCACAAAGGACAUGUCUCUCAUCAAAAAGGAGAGACUCAGCGUGAUGAACAGCACCAACCCCCGUGUCAUCUUACGCAACUACAUCGCCCAGAAUGCAAUUCAGGCUGCAGAAAAGGGAGACUUCUCUGAGGUCAACAGGGUCCUCAAAGUUCUGGAGAAACCAUAUUCUGAUGAAUUUGGGCUGGAGCCUUUGGAUGGAUCUAAUGCUAAUGAAGUGACUGUUGCCUAUGACAUGAAACCUCCUGUCUGGGCACAAAAAAUUUGUAUCACCUGAUCCUCAUAGAGCCUCUGAGACAGAUAAAGGAGGGGGUUUUGGUGGACUGGUCAGAGCAAACAAGAUGUCGGUAGACGGUACUGUUACUGCUGCUACUGUUGCUGCUCUCCAGUUCCACCUCAGACUUUCUUUCCUGCUUCCUGAAGGGAGGUUGUUAUGUAACUCAGAGUGUUCCCGUGUUCAUCAGUAUGGUCAUAGAUCAAUGUUUGUGCUUUUAUUGCAGUGCUUGAAGCUGAUACAGCCUCACAGUCAAAAUGUAAUAAAUAACCAAGUGCCAGUAAUUUGAUCAUGCUAUUGAAGAUACAGACAAGUAGUCUAUGAAUUUGCUGAUGAAGUAUGACGGCUCAGAUGACCAGUCACACAAUGACCUGUCUGGGUCUGAAACAACAGGAACAUGCUGACAUUAAUUACUUACAGACAGUAGACUUAGAAGGUCAACAUUUCGUCACAAAUAUGAGCAGAGCAGGUCAAAAUGUAUAAUUUGUAGACGGAAUAGAUAGAAUGAUUGUUGGCAUUUCGUUUCUCUAACAGAAAUAACAGAUCACAUUUGUUUAUAUGAAUAAAUAAAUGAAUGAAAAAGGAGCCCUCCAGCGAA